GAUUAGAAGAUCUGACACACAUGAUAACACCACCAUCACCAUCCCCCUCUUUUUAUUUAUUUCAACAAUCUUCUUCCACUCUUCCUUCCUUCUUUUCUCUCCUGUUUCUUACUUAAAACAAAACCCUAGCUAGCUUUACAUAACAUAAUACAUACACCCCCUCCUGUAUCUAUCUGUUUCCAAACAUGAUGCCACAGCAUCAGAGGAUAAGACAACAACAAGCCCUGAUGCAGCAGCAAUCCCUCUAUCACCCAGGUCUCAUAACCCAUCCACAGAUAGAACCUAUCUUGAGUGGAAAUCUACCUCCCGGGUUUGAUUCAACUACAUGCCGCAGUGUGUAUGUUGGGAACAUUCAUCCACAGGUCACCGAACCCCUACUUCAAGAAAUCUUUUCAAGCACCGGUGCUCUUGAAGGUUGCAAGCUCAUUAGGAAAGAUAAAUCAUCAUACGGGUUUGUGGAUUAUUUUGAUCGGCGUUUUGCUGCUCUUGCGAUUGUGACUCUUAACGGAAGGCAUCUGUUCGGGCAGCCCAUCAAAGUUAAUUGGGCAUAUGCCAGUAGCCAACGGGAAGAUACAUCAGGCCACUUCAACAUAUUUGUCGGUGAUCUUAGCCCUGAAGUUACUGAUGCAACUUUGUUUUCUUGCUUCUCUGUUUACCCUACUUGCUCUGAUGCAAGAGUUAUGUGGGACCAGAAGACGGGCCGCUCUAGGGGUUUUGGAUUUGUUUCAUUUAGGAACCAACAAGAUGCCCAAAGUGCAAUUAAUGAUUUAAAUGGAAAAUGGCUCGGAAGUAGGCAAAUUCGAUGCAACUGGGCGGCAAAGGGUGCGGGAUCAGAUGACAAACAGCGGUCAGAUACUAAAAGUGUUGUUGAAUUGACAAACGGAACAUCAGAUGAUGGUCAAGAAAAGGUCAAUGAAGAUGCUCCAGAAAACAAUCCUCAAUACACAACCGUUUACGUUGGCAAUCUGGCUCCCGAGGUUACAUCAGGUGAUCUCCAUUGUCAUUUUCAUGCUCUUGGUGCUGGUGUUAUCGAAGACGUUCGACUUCAACGAGACAAAGGUUUUGGUUUCAUAAGAUACAGCACACAUGCCGAGGCAGCUCGUGCUAUUCAGUUAGGGAACACUCGUUAUCUCUACGGCAAACCCCUUAAGUGUUCAUGGGGUAGCAAACCGACACCUCCGGGGAGCAGCUCAACACCUCUACCCCUGCCAGUUACCGGAAAUAAUAUGGGGUUUUCCGCCAUGGAUAUUGCUGCUUAUGAGAGACAAUUGGCUCUUAGUAAAAUGGCUCUGAUGCAUCAGCAGAUGGGUGGUGCCGCUAGCCAGGGUGCGGUCUAUGAUGGUGGUUACCCGGGGAUCGCCUCCACACAGGCCCCUGUGUACUACCAGUAACUACAGUUGCGAGAGACGGUCGAUUGUUGAGUUGGGAAGUAUAUCUAGAACUAUGGAGAUUAGAUAGGGCUCUCUUUUUUUUUUUUUUUUCCCAAAUGUUUUAUGUUAUUAUUGAUUGAAAUGUUUGUUACUUGUUAUUGUAUAACUUUGAGGAUGUAUAUUAAAAAUAAUUUCACAAUUUCACCCGUC